GGCUUUGGUUCAUACACUAAUGAUCUUUAUCGAAAUCGUCGAAGAGUACUACCAUGGAUGUCAAGCAUAUAUUUCUGAUAUCACUUGCAAUCAUGCUGGCAAGCAAGGAAGCGCAAUCACGAGGACUGAGGAGCCUUGGCUCGGUGUUUCGGUUAAAUCACUGCGACGGAGGCAAUCUGAUUAGGAUUAACACCAACGCCUGUGAACAUGUUAUAAAUGGAAAGAGACAGUGUAAAGUACUCAUCAGUGGUAGAACUACUAAUGACAGUUACACACAAUUUGGGACCGUGAAAUGUAGAGGCAAGAAGCUUAUACAACUCUAUGACUCCAGCAUCACCUAUUCUUUAAAAGUUGUAAAUGAAACGAAUGUGGUUUUUGAGGAGCAUUCAUUGUGUGACAGAACAACCAGUGAUAAUUUCCUAUUUCAAGAGGAAAGGAAUGAGACUGGUGUAUUCACGUACAAACACAUAUCCAAGUACCUCGGAGUCAGUUCUGAUUGUACUGAUAGGAAUUUAUACAUUAAUUUUUACGGUGUUGAGCAUACUUAA